UCUGCGUAAAGUACGAAAUGUAUCUGAAAUGAAAGUAGAGUACAUAGGAAAAAAUAAUAUUUAAAAUCGGUGUGACGCUUCUUGCAGCUCACCUUAUACAGUGUGCAUUUAAUGCACAUCAUGUGAACUGAUAUGAGCAAAUUGUAAGAGAAUACGUAGAAAAGGAGAUAGGAAAAGAAAAAAAUCUCGAAACUGGGAUCCCCUUUCCUCCCAGCCUGCGUGUGUUGUCACGGCUGCUUGGUCUGUGUUUUUGUUAGUGUUUAGGAGUGGUUGUGUCUGGAUGGAGUGAUCGCAGAAGGUUGAGAGAGCGUGCCCAUGUGUGGUGGCCAAUGGCACACCGGCAAGGUCCAGGAUGGCCCACUCCUGUGGGCCACACUGAGCUAGAGCGGGAUUCUGGAUUGGAAGAUGAUGAUGAUGACAGCAGCAGCCGCCAGAGCAACCACGGCAAUGGCCCCCUAUUGGGUCAGUGUCCUGAGGAGGACUCCACUAUCUUCGUUGCAUUCCGGGGAAACAUGGAGGACAAAGACUUCCAGGAGAAGCUGGACCGCAUCUUGUAUGGCAUGCCAGAGAUGCUGCAGCUUGAUGCUGAGAGAAUGCAGCCGCGGCGCGUGGAGCCGUGGAACAGCGUGCGAGUCACCUUCAACAUCCCGCGGGACGCUGCGGAGCGCCUGCGCAUCCUGGCGCAGCAUAACCAGCAGCAGCUGCGCGACCUGGGCAUCCUGUCAGUGCAGAUCGAGGGAGAAAGUGCUAUUAAUAUUGCAAUGGGGCAGAGCAGCGGCCAGGAGGUCAGAGUGAAUGGACCAAUGGGAGCUACCAGUAGCAUGAAGAUGGAUGGAGGUUUUCCAGUGCAGCCGGGUCCAGGUGGCCUGCGGAUGAACAACCCCUUGGCGAUGAUGGCUAACUCAGGGCCUGGUAUGGCAGCUCCUGGGGUCAGUGGGCAGGCUCAGACAAGGGCCCCUCGACCUCCCACACAUGCAGAUUCGAUGGACCCAGUGCUGUCAGGUAUGGCUGCACACCAGCAGCAGCAGCAGCAGCCCCUCCACGGCCCGACGGUGCUGCCACCCCAGGGGCACCCCAUGCAGGCUGGCCGGCAGCUCAGUCCUGCCACCCUCCAGCAGCUCCAGCAGCAGCAGGCCCAGCACGCGCAGCUAGGGGGCGCUCGUGCUCCGUUCAACCCCUCAAACCCGAUGGCGGUUCCACCAGGCUGGAACCAGCACCCCUCUGGUGUCCUGCAGCCCCCUCUGGGCCAGGGACCCAUGGGCCCUGCCUGGAGGAAGGGGCUCCCCCAAACUCAGAUGGCACCACGCCCCUCGCUGGCAACGGUCCAGGUGCCCAAUCACCCUCCACCUCCCUACCCCUUUGGCAGCCAGCAGGCAAGCCAGGCCUUCGCUGCCAUGGGGCAGCAGCAGCAACAGCAGCAGCAGCAGCUGGGUGCCACCCAAUUCGCAGCCCCCCAGCCCAAGGGCCUCCCGGGACCGCCAUCGGGUGUGGCUGGCCCAAGGGCACCACCUCCUCAGCCACCCUCCACGACUCCCCAGGGUCACCCGGCCGCCAAGUCCCCCGCAUCCUCGUCCUCGCCCUCUCCGUUCCAGCAGGGCUCACCCGGAACACCCCCGAUGAUGGGCCAGAACCAGGGCCAGCUGGGCCCCCGGCCCGCAACCCCGCAGAACUUCCCCCAGCAGGCCCUGCAGGGCAAACUGCAGCCCGGCAUCGUAGGAAUGCCUCCACAGGGCCAGGGCCCCCAGCCUGGGAUGGGAGGCAUGCCCAAGCGUAUGCCCAUGGGGUUCCCCAACGUGCAAGCCAGUCAGAACUUAAUGCAGGGUCAGGUGACCAGCACUGCAUCCAUUCCCGGGCCUGGCACCAACCCCCAGCUGCAGAACAGCCAGAGCAUGCAGCAUGCAGGGGUUCAGCCCUCAGCCCUGAACCACCAGCAGCAAGGCUCCCAUGGUCAGGCCAGCGUUAAUCUGGGCAGCGUGUCAGGGCCUCAUGCCGGGAUGACCAGCCAGCCCACAGGGGCCACUGGUGGGGCUGGCAUGGUACAGGCCCAGAUGAUGGGCGUCCAGCACCAGCCUGUCUCAUCCGCCCCAGGACAGGUGGUGCAGGGCCCACCAGGUGGAGGCCAGGCUGCCCUUGCCAGGCCCCAGAUGGUAAACCCGGGACAGAUGAUUGGGGGCGUCCAGAAUCCUCAGAGGGGGAUGGCCCCCCCCAGGCAGAUGAUGCCCCAGCAGGGCCAGGCAAUGAUGCAGGGACAGGGGCCUCUCCUCGCCAACCAGAGCCACCAGGUGACCAUGCAGCAGCAGCAGCUGCAGCAGAAUGCCAUGAUGGAGCAAAUGAUGGCCAAUCAGAUGCAAGGAAACAAGCAGGGCUUUGGGUCCAAAGGUCAGCCAGGGGUCCUGCAGGGGCAGAUGAUGCGGGGCCCCUCGCCGAAUGUGCAGGGCAACCUGGUCCAGUUCCAGCCUCCCACUACCCAGCAGCCUCAGCAGCAAGGGCAACAAGCUCAGGUGCUUCCUGUGAGCAGCAGUCCUGGCCAAGCCCUGGGCCUGCAUGGGCCUCAGGUGAGGCUUCCGGGAGGCCAUCAUUUAGUUCAGCAGCAGCAGCUUCAACAGCAGAAUCAGCAGCUUCAACAGCAAAACCAGCAGCUUCAACAGCAAAACCAGCAGCUUCAGCAGCAAAGCCAACAGCAGCAGAUGAUCCAGCAGGUACACCUCCAGCAGCAGCAGCAGCAGCAGCUGGGUGAGGCUGGCGGAGGUGCAGGGGAUAUGCCUCUGCACCAGCUGAUCCCUGACAUCCAGGUGCAGCAGCAGCAGCAACAGCAGGGGAUGGCUGUGGGCAUGCAAGUUGGCAACGGCCACUUCCCUGGUCAUGGAUUGCCCUUUAACCCACAGUUUCCCAGCCAGAUGGCCAUGGGUGGCCCCUGUGUGCAGACUGGUGGUUUCCCUGGCAACAAGGAUGUCACACUCACCAGUCCCCUGCUGGUCAAUCUCCUGCAGAGCGACAUCUCGGCGAGCCAGUUCGGCGCCGGGGGGAAGCAGGUUGCUGCCGCCCAGGCCAAACCCAAGAAGAAGAAGCCACCACGGAAGAAGAAGGCCAACGGAAACGGCGGCACGUCAGGACCUCAGCCUGAGGACAUGCUUAGUGGUCUCGCGGAUGUUCGACCCCCCAGUAUGGACGACCCAGAGAUGCAGGGCCUGAGUGCCGUUCAGGGAGGUGGAACAGACCCCGCCACGGCAAAACCACCUGACUUUAGCAGCAGGUCUUCAGGGUUUCCUGGUCAUCUGGGAGAACAAAGGUUGCCACAGCAGAUGCCUGUUCAGUUCACACAGCAGCAGCAACAACAACAGCAACAGCAACAGCAGCACCAGCAACAAUUCCAGCAGCAACAGCUCCAACAGCAGCAGCAGCAGCAGCAACAGCAGCUCCAACAGCAACAUCUUCAACAGCAACAACAACAGCAGCAGCAGCAGCAGCUACAACAGCAACAGCUCCAGCAUCAGCAGCAGCAUCAACAGCUUCAACAGCAGCAGCUUCAACAACACCACCAGCUCCAACAGCAACAACAGCAGCAACAGCAGCACCAGCAGAUGCAGGGCCAGGCAGGGGUGAUGCCGCAGGGCCAGACACAGCUCCAUCUGCACCAGUUACAACAGCAGCAACUACAGCAACCACAGCACCAGCAGCAUCACCAGCACCAGCACCAACAGCAGCAGAUGAUGAUGAGGCUCAUGAAGCAGCAGGAACAGGCUAAGAACAGAAUGCCACUCGCACAGACAGGUCAGCCUCCCAGGGGACCGGUGACCCCUACGGAAGCUCAGAGGAUGCCUGUUUCACAGCAAGGCAGCAUGCCGGCGAUGAUCAACCUGCACGGCUCAUCUGGUGUCCCGCCUUCCCCGGACAAGCUCCGGGGGGUCCCUCUCAUGGUGAACCCACAGCUGGGUGGACCUGCCAGGAGGAUGCCGCUUCCCGAGUCACCACAAGGGGGCGCACUGCCGAGUGCCGAGGACAUCUCCGGAGUGCACGCCCUGCAGGACCGGCCGGCUCACGAGAUGAGUCACCCGGUGGGGACCGGUGCACCGGGACUGAUGAGUAACCAAGGUCCCAGUCCACACCUGAUGAAGCCAGGCCCCUCGCCCGUCCCGCCUCACCAGGGGCCCAGCCCCCAGCCCCAGCAAGCGGGGCCCAUGCCGCCGUCCCACGGCCUCCACUUCCCCAGCGCCCCCUCCACCCCGCAGAGCUCCCGCCCCAAGACCCCCAACCGGGCCAGUCCCAGGCCGUACCACCAUCCGGUCACGCCCACCAACCGCCCGCCCAGCACGGAGCCCUCGGAGAUCAGCCUCUCGCCCGAGCGUCUGAAUGCCUCAAUCGCUGGCCUCUUUCCCCCGCAGAUCAACAUCCCGCUGCCCCCUAGGCAGCCCAGCCUGAACCGAGGCUUUGACCAGCAGGGCCUCAACCCCACCACCCUGAAGGCUAUUGGCCAGGCCCCACCCAGUCUGACAUCUCUCAAUCACAGCGGUAGCGGUGGCGGUCAGCAGACCCUCCCCUCGAGCGGCAGCUCUGGGCCCAUGGCCGGCAAAGCUGAGAAGCAGCCCGUCGGAGGAGGCCCUGUAAAAAGAGCUAGCCCCAGCAACAGCCGACGGUCCAGCCCCGCGUCCAGCCGGAAGAUGACCCCUAGCCCAGGCAGGCAGAAGGGGGCCAAAGCUACCCUUGCUUCUCCGUCUCAUCAGCCGCCUCAAAACGUAACGGCAAGCCCCUCUCCGGCUCUCCCCUGUCCUGGGGCCACGCCACCGGUACCCCUGGAAGCGCAGAGAGUUCAGCACCCCUUCCAGGGCAUGCAGGGUGUCCACAACAACCCUGCCGAAGCAGGCCAGGAUGUUCCAGGAGGGCCCACCGAGCAGCAGCUAGUACCGCUGCCACGACCCCAGGGAGAGGCACACGGUCCUCGUGUCCUGCCAGAGAGGGAUGCCGUGGAGGAUACAGCGCGGCAGGGCGCUGCUGUGGUUGAGACCGUCCCCGCUCAGGACCUGAAGCCCUCUCACACUCCCAUCCUCAGCCAGGCCCCCACCUCUCUGAGCCAGCUUCUAGAUGGGUCGGGGUUACCCAGCGUGUCCCCGGAGACCGCUCGGAAUGGGGCGUUGCAAGGAGGCCAGGGUCAGAGGGAGAGCAGCAUUCUGCAGGGCUCCGACACCAGCGUCCCUCUGAAUUCCAGCAACCCGGAGCACAAGCCCAGCCUCAUGUCUGCUCCGAGUCCCAAACUCGACCCUGGUGCCAGUCUCGGACCAAGUCCUCACACGAGCGUUAGUGUCAGCAGCAACUCAGGAAUUGGUCCAAACUCUGCAGCUAAUGCCUCUGUAGUCCUGCCCAAACAAAGUUCCUCCUGCUCCACAGUCACCAGCCCCGCCAGUCAGGUGGCUGUUUUCACCACCUCCAGCCCCGUUGGCUCCUCCCCUGGCAUGUCGCCCCAUGUAGGCUCUGCUCAGGUUUCCAUGGCAGUGUCUGCUCCAAAUAAGAACACUCAACCCCUAGAAAGGCUGCCGACCUCCUCUCCGGCUGCUUCUGGCGCCCCUCCUGCCCAGAUCGUCACUGCCCCCAUGGCCGUUAGUGCAGUCUUUCAGUCACCUGUCACCUCUGUGCCAUCCAGCUCCAGCACUGUGACAGAGCCCCUCACAGCGGUGGGGGGAGCAGUUCACACUCCAGCCAGAUCCCCAGCCCCUGCUGUUAUGACGACCACCCAGCCCUCCCCUGCCCACAUACCACAUGGCCAGUCUGGUCGUGUAGGGGCAGGGUUUAUCCAGGCUACACCUACUCAGCCACUCAGUGCCCAGCCCCCACUGGCAUGGCAACGCCCAGGAACCCCAAAGCAGGAGAGCAGCAACCCUGCUGAGAGAACAGCCGCUACCCUGCCCGCCGGCCAGCCAUCACCCCGCCCCUAUGCGACGUCCUCAUCCCCUUUCUCCCAGCCUAUGGCAUCACCCCCUCCAUGCCCCAGCCCAGGAGCUGCUGGUCCGUGUACCCAAAGGAGCCCUCUGCCCCAUGCAGCGGCCUUGCCAAAGGUGCGACCGGGCUUGACACUCCCUAGCAGUACAGGUGUGAUGGUGGCAGACCCUCUGAGGAACACAGAAGGCCCCUCCCCUGGUCGGCCACCAGAGGCCGCUGUUGCAUCACAGCCAGAGCAGAUACCCGACAGCACGCGGCCUCAGGGCUCUCCCCUGAUAGCUGGCCCCACAGAGGCCUUGGACCUAAACCAGCCCCCCGCCCCUCUAAAAAAUCCUACUCCACCCAUUUCGUCUCCUCCUACAGCCCCGACCAUGCCCUCCCCCAUCCCUGUCCCUCCCAUCUCCUCCCCUCUCCCUGUCCUGGCUCCUGCCCCACCUCAUACUUUUCCAGCAGCACCAGCAGACACCCCAGGAGGCCCCCCAACCGCACCAUCUGCACCUGAAGACCAGAACCCCCCUGCAGGGGUGGAUACCGGCCUGCCAGCUCACAGCAAUGUGUCUGAAACCACGGGCCUUGCAGUGUCCGUACAAUCUGAAGCUCCACUGCAGGAAGGACCCCCUGGGGAGGCAGCUGUGUCCGUCCAAUCUGAGACCCCACUACAGGAGGGACCGCCUGCGGAGACAGCUGGAAAUGAACCUGUUCCUCAAAAUGAUCAGGGAUGCCUAAAGAAACGAAAGGCACCCAACAGCCUUGCCCAAAGGGAGGACAGGGCGGUCCCAGAGCGGGCGAAGGGUCCAGGCAGACGUGCCUCACGAGCAGAGAAGGAACCGGAGGAGGGGGGCGAGUCUGCAGAGAACGGGCAGAGGAAGCGAGCCACCAGGCCAGGCUCUGCCUCCGCCAUCACCACUGCUGGCAAAGACACCAACUCCAGUGCCAGCCCCACCCAGGCUAAGAGACGGAAGUCAAAAUGAGCCCUGCACUGUUGACCUACAAGCUGUACAAUGUCCCUGCUCUGUCAGCCUUUGACCUAGAUUGUUAAAUGGAUGGACUAAUUGUGUAACUAUUUUGCGUACAGUUUUGUUUCAAGAAGAGUGAUGACAUUUGUGCUUGUUUCCCACAGCAAUGUGAGGUUUUUUUUUUUUUUUUUUUUUUACUUCGAAGGGUUUCAAUUUUGUGUGUGAGUGUGUUCUUUAAAUGCUGGAAAAAUAAUGUUCAGGCACCUGAUCAUGAAAAUGCCUCAGGCCUUUGUAUAAUUUUGUCGCAAAGCUGAAUUAAAUUUUCUACCGCUCUUUUCAAUGUUGAAAUGGAACUGUGAACGGUGUUGUAGUUUUUUCUCUGCCCGGACAUUAAGUAGCCAAUUUAUAAGCGUGGGCAGCAGCGCCCUCUCAUGAGGAAAUUGUGUUCCAUACAGAUACGGUGUUCUACCAUGCACACAAAAUGUACAUACAGACCACAAAUAAAAAUAGGA